GUACGAGAAGUAGACGAGUUUAUGCUCGGGGAAGGAGUGGACACGACCGGGGUUGGAACUAAGAUCCUAACAUGCAAUUGCACCAUGGAUGUAAUUGUGGACAACUACUCAAAGCUCUUUGCCCUUCACAUUCUUCCUCCAUCUCUUCACAUGUCUUUUGGGCCUCUUCCUAUUGCAACCUCCCAAGGUCCGAGAUUGUACGCGGAGAGUGGAACGACGACGUUUCGAUUGAAUGUGGGUAUCAGUAAGAAGCCAAUGUAUGGUGCGGGGAGAGAAAUAGAGGAUAAGCUUGAAUCAGGAGCAGGAUUGGAGCUCAGAAUUCGACUCAAUUUCAUUUCGAAUUAUAGGGUGGUUUGGAAAAUUAUAAAGCCCCAAUUUCAUCGUCGUGUUGAUUGCUUAUUGGUCGUCCAAAAUGCUUAUGACAGGAAGCAUCAUACUCGAAUUUUUAAUAGUACUUGCUUAACUUCUUGAUCAUUGUUAGCCUA